GAAAAUCUAAGAGAGUAAGAAGAUUGCAAUAAUUGAUGUACUUUCCGAAAUUACAGUGCACUGCAGAGAGCUGAGCAGCGUUUCGCUUCUCUCUAUGAACUGAAAGCAAUACAAAGAGGGGGAAAAAGAAAUAAAAAAAGGAAAAGCUUAUAGAUCUGAAGCUGAUUUUAGCUCCACAGAGAGAUCUCAAUAGUUCUCUAAAGCUACUCAUCAUUUUCUUCUUCCUUUAGCUUUUACUUGCUCACUUUAGCUUCAUUUAUUCCUCGGACCAGUCUUGUUCUUGUUUGUUUCCUCUUUAGGGUUGUUCAAAACUUGCUGUGGAAACUUCAAGAUCUGCUUCAACUUUUCGUUUUCCUCAAAACCCUUUUGAAGUUUUAGUCCUAAUUUACUUCCUUUGGUUUUUCUUUUUCUUUUUUGUGAGUGAAAGGGAGAAAAGGGUUGCAAUUAGGGUAUGUGUGGGUUUGGAUGACAAGAUUAGCACUUCUUGUUGGUUUGUGGGUGGGGGGUGGGGGGUGGGAGAUUAUUGCUUUUUAAAUGAGUUCCUUUUGAUUUCAGGGUUAGUAGAUUAAGUUUUCUUUAGCUACGAUUGUAACUUGUCUGGAAUAUGAGGUUAUCUUCGUCUUCUUCAUCUACUACUACCGGAUUUAAUGCUCAGCCUGAAGAAGUGUUUUAAGAAGUUGUGUGAAGAUUCUUUCUCUUUUUGUGGGAUGCCAGGGGAGACCAAAUGCUUGAAUUCGGAGCUCUGGCAUGCUUGCGCUGGGCCGUUGGUCUCACUUCCACAAAUUGGAAGCCGUGUUGUGUAUUUUCCUCAAGGCCAUAGCGAGCAGGUUGCUGCCUCAACCAACAAGGAAGUAGAUUCUACUAUCCCUAACUAUCCAGGCUUACAACCUCAAUUAAUAUGCCAGCUUCACAAUGUUACCAUGCAUGCAGAUGUUGAGACAGAUGAAGUAUAUGCUCAGAUGACGUUGCAACCACUUAGCCCUCAAGAGCAAAAGGACUUAUGUCUGCUACCAGCAGAACUUGGCACCGCGAGCAAACAGCCAACCAAUUAUUUCUGUAAAACAUUAACUGCUAGUGACACCAGCACUCACGGGGGAUUUUCUGUCCCCCGCCGGGCCGCCGAAAAAGUCUUUCCUCCUCUUGAUUAUUCUCAAACCCCUCCUGCUCAAGAACUAAUGGCAAAGGAUCUUCAUGGCAAUGAAUGGAAGUUCAGGCAUAUCUUUCGUGGUCAACCAAAGAGGCAUCUGCUUACGACAGGAUGGAGUGUGUUUGUGAGCGCAAAGAGGCUUGUUGCUGGAGACUCUGUUAUCUUCAUCUGGAAUGAAAAUAAUCAGUUGCUCUUGGGGAUUCGGCGUGCUAAUCGUCCUCAAACUGUUAUGCCUUCAUCAGUUUUGUCAAGUGAUAGCAUGCACAUUGGUCUUCUUGCUGCUGCUGCUCAUGCAGCAGCGACGAAUAGUCGUUUCACCAUCUUUUACAAUCCGAGGGCCAGUCCAUCGGAGUUUGUGAUACCACUGGCAAAAUAUGCCAAAGCAGUGUACCAUACACGAGUUUCUGUGGGCAUGCGUUUUCGGAUGCUUUUUGAAACAGAUGAAUCAAGUGUCCGUAGAUAUAUGGGUACAAUUACUGGCAUAAGUGACUUGGAUGCUGUUCGGUGGCCGAACUCACAUUGGCGUUCCGUGAAGGUUGGUUGGGAUGAAUCAACUGCAGGGGAGAGGCAACCCAGAGUUUCCUUGUGGGAGAUUGAGCCCCUGACGACUUUCCCGAUGUACCCAUCUCCAUUCUCCCUUAGAUUGAAGAGACCUUGGCCAUCUGCAUUGCCCUCCUUUCCUGGUCUCAGAGACGGUGAUAUGAGCGUGAAUUCUCCACUUGCAUGGCUUCGUGGGGGCAUCGGAGAUCAAGGGGUUCAAUCGCUAAAUUUCCAAAGAUUUGGUGUAUCCCCAUGGAUGCAACCUAGGCUGGACACUUCUAUGCUUGGUCUACAACCUGAUAUUUAUCAUGUAAUGGCAGCUGCAGCACUCCAGGAGACAGGAUCAUUAGACCCCUCCAAGCUUUCACAUCAACCCCUCCUGCAAUUCCAGCAAAAUGUGCCAAAUCUUUCUGCUUCACUAAUUCAGAAUCAGAAUCAGAUGCUGCAGACACCCCAUAAUCAACAGAACUUCCUUCAAAAUUUUCCAGAAAACAGCGUCAUAUCUCAGGCUCAGAUUUUGCAGCAACAGUUGCAGCUCCGUCAGCAGCUUAAUGAUCAGCAACAGCAACAGCAACAGCAACUACAUGAACAGAGACAGCAACAGCAACAGCAACUACAUGAACAAAGACAGCAACAACAAGUAGAACAGCAAGUUCAGCAAUCACAGCAACUGCAUCCACACUUUCAAGAUCAACAAACCAACAAAACCAUCCCGACUGUCUCACAGAUAGGACCAGCCUCUGUGUCACAGUUCACACCUUUGCAGGGAUUUUCCUCAACAAGCCAGCUUCUGAACUUCUCUGACCUCAUUGGGAACCAUAUGACAUCUGCCAAUAACUCUUCCAUGUCAAGUGUUCUAAGUUCAUUUUCCCAUGAGGGAACAACCAACCUAGUGAACUUGCAUGGGCCCAAUCCAAUAGUCUCUCACUCCUCGUCGUCAAAGCGAGUAGCAUUAGACCCUCAACUUCCCUCCAAGGUUUCUCAAUUUGGAGUGCCUCAUCAAGAAGAAUUGGUGAUCCCUAGUUCGAAGGUCACUGACCUUCCAGCUUUGCUGCCACCAUUUCCUGGUAGAGACUUUCCAGAUUUCCAGGGUGUGACGGAUUCCCAUAACAAUUUACUAUAUGGGGUGAAUAACGAUUCAUCGGCUAUAAUGCCAAGUGGGAUGUCAACCCUUAGAAACAGUGGCAACGAGAAUGGAUCAUUAUCAAUGCCAUUUGCAACCCCUGCAUUUGCAAGUGCUGGACGCACUGACUUUCCUCUUAACUCGGACAUGACUACCUCAAGUUGUGUAGAUGAAUCAGGAUACUUACAGUCCUCAGAAAAUGUGGACCAAACUAACCCACCCCCUGGAACCUUUGUGAAGGUUCACAAAUCAGGGUCCUUCGGACGGUCGCUUGAUAUUUCCAAAUUUAGCAGCUAUAAUGAGCUGCGGAGUGAGCUUGCUCACAUGUUUGGGCUUGAAGGCCUAUUGGAGGAUCCUCAGAGAUCAGGCUGGCAGCUUGUAUUUGUUGACCGAGAGAAUGACGUUCUUCUCCUCGGUGAUGACCCUUGGCAGGAAUUCGUAAACAGCGUCUGGUACAUCAAGAUUCUGUCUCCUCUCGAAGUGCAGCAGAUGGGCAAAGAGGGUCUUGAUCCUAAUUCCGUCCAAUCUCAUUAUCUCUCCAGCAACGGCAACAGCUGUGAUGAGUUCAUGAGCAGGAACGACCCCAGAACUAGCUUAAAUGGGAUACCGUCUGUAGGUACGCUCGACUACUGAUGCCAUUAGCUAAGGUACUCAGAAAACUAUGUGGAACGUUAUUUUGUAUAACCCGACGAGACUCAUCAGCCAUUGUUUGGAAGAUGGUACCUGUGAUAUAUAAUGUCUGUUGUGAUCAUUGAAUCUUGAGAUGUUAGAGAAUAUGAUGCAUAAAGUGUAUAUUUCCGCAUGAAUCUUUGUCCCAAUAGAACUACUCUGAACUUCGAUGGGAAUUAUAAUGUCGUAUUUUCAUUGUUUUCGUA